CCCUUUAAAACGCGCAGUGAUGAUGAGGCUCUGAACGGGCUCGCGCUCAACGGGAGGCACGCGACAUAUAUAUGUUUUUAUUUCUAUUUACUGCAUCAUAAAUACAUGGACCUGAUUAUUGUGCAUUGGCGUGUCGUUCAUUUUAACCAUUUUAUUUACAAUAGCGUAGCCCAACUCAGGAAAACAGAAAUGAAACGGCGCUUUUUCAAGGACGCAAGCUUUGUCCCCUCUGGAAAUUGAUUUCUACAAAAUUACGUUUUGUAGUUAUGUUGUAAGUCACAAAAAGGAAACAUGCUCAUCACUGCGGUUUACAGCCGCGCUUUUGGCUGUUUGCCUCGUAUGGCGCAGGUCGCUGUGCGGAUGUAGGUCUCUGCUUUAUGUUCACGCCGCACACUGCUCAUCAUGCCCAGGGCUUUCCGGAGACUGGUCCAUCUGGUGCUCUUCUGUCCCUUGUCCAAAGGAGUUCAGACCCGCCUCCCUGUGAUCAAGGUGAAGUACCUGCUGCUGGCAUGGCUGGGCGUCCUCAUCACCAGCUGGGUCCUCUACAUGCAGUAUGCCUCUUACUCUGAACUCUGUCGUGGCCAUGUCUGCCAAAUGGUCAUAUGUGACCAUUAUAAAAGAGGCAUCAUCUCUGGCUCAUCUUGCAAGGCUUUGUGCGAUCAAAAAUCACUGACCAUGCAGCGCUGUAUGACCACAACCUCAACACAUCAGAUCUACAGUGGACUGUGGAAGGAGAGACCUGUUAUUAUUAAGUGCGGUCUUGAAGAUACGGUCAGUGCAGACGGGAUCCCAGAGUCUGGACUGAGGCAUGAGCUGAGUUUAUUUGACAAACCAACACGAGGGACAUCGAUGGAUGAGUUUAAAGACAUGCUGCACACGUUUCUAAAGACUAACCUUGGAGAGCAGUCGUCUUUAAACACCUUAGUGGAACGGGUUAUUACACUGGCGGAUAUUAACCAGGAUGGUAAAGUGUCUCUCGCAGAGGCAAAAUCCAUUUGGGCUCUUCUCCAAAUCAAUGAAUUCCUCCUGAUGGUGGCGCUGCAGGAGAAGGAGCACACUCCCAAGCUGCUGGGUUUCUGCGGUGACCUAUAUGUGACUGAACGAGUGGGCCAUAGUUCACUGUAUCGAUUAGAGGUGCCCCAUUAUCUGCAGGCUCUGGUCCCUGAGGCUCUGAGCUCCGGUUUGAAUCACUGGCUCGCUCCAACUUGGCCUCGCAGAGCACGUAUUACCAUCGGUUUAUUAGAGUUUGUAGAAGAAGUUUUCCACGGUUCAUACGGAAGCUUUUUAAUUUGCGAUGCCAGUCCUCAUCACAUCGGCUAUAACGUCAAAUAUGAUUGCAAAAUGGCCAACCUGCGCAGUGUGGCUUCUGAGGCAGUGGUGCGAGGUUAUCUGAAAGGACGGCACUGUGAAACCAACGCAGACUGUACUUACGGACGUGACUGCACCGCCACCUGUGACAGACUGGUGAAACAGUGCAACACAGAAGUGGUGCAACCCAACCUGGCAAAGGUGUGCGUGCUGCUGCAGGACUUUCUGUUAUUCGGUGCACCAUCAGAUGUGCAUGGAGAUUUGGAAAAGCAACUCCGAACCUGCGUGACGCUUAACGGACUGGCAAGCCAAAUGGAAGUUCACCACUCACUAGUUCUUAAUAACUUAAAAACACUGCUGUGGAAGAAGAUUUCAAACACGCAGUACUCAUGAGAACUUGCCAGCUUAAGACACAGAUAGUAAUAAUUAUGUAGGCUAAAUGUACAGUUUUAGAGGGGACUAUUGACAAUGUAUUUUCUUGAAUUACUGUGAAUAUCAGGAAGCUGUGAAACAUGAUUAAAACAACAGAAUAUUCUCAG